AUGACAGGAAACCAGAAACUGGCUAACGAGCCCCGGAGGAACCGGCUCCAGCGUCGGUGGCUGCGGCCGUGAGAUGCAGGAGGAGAUGGGACGGAUGGGGGAGAGCGGCUGAGGCUGCAGGCUGGAUGCGGCCGGGCCAUGGCGCAGCUGGAGCUGCUGUGGGCGGCCGCCGCGCUGAUGCUGCUCGGGGCCACCGUCAGCCUCUGCGUCAAGUGCCAGCUCUCCGCUACCAAGCGAGAGAAGCAGCCGAGUAAGCGGAGGAGCCAGCUCGAAAGCCAGCAGAGGUUUGAGGUGAUUCGAUCCCAUUCCACUACAACCCGAAGGCUGGAACAAAUUAAGGAACCUGAAAACUUGUCAAUAGCAAGGAAAACCACUGAGGAGCUCGGCGCCUCCCGCCAUACGGGAUACGGGAGCAGGACCGAGCCCAGGUAUCAGAAUUUCCUGACAGAGGACUGCCUGCAAGGGGACGCUGCCUAUGUGGAGCCCAUAUCUCUGGAUUACUACAACUGUGCCAGGUUCUUCACACCACCCAACGAGAAAGAGGAGGAUUCCCAUUCCUAUCAAAAUGUCAUCAUUGGAGUGUCUCACGGCUCCGAUCCGGAUGAUGCUGUAGACUAUGAGAACAGCACAGCGAUACACGUAUGGAAACUCCAGCAAGUGGAAGCUCUGCAGACAGAAAGCCCGGAUGAUGAGCCAGACUACGUCAACACGGCUCCUGCGUCAGGCCUUGCCCCUCUGUCAAAGCAAAGUAUUCUGCGUAAAGUCUGAGGAAGUCCUUUGCUGAGCUGUAAGAGCACACCCAGCGAGCGUGC